CUCGUCCAUAUUGGACGCUGGAGAACUUUUGGGCCUCUAGGCGUCUGUUUUGCGUCAUUUCCUCUUUUCCAAUGUCAGGGGACGGGAGCUGAGGCCCGAACAGAAGGUUUGGAGUGUGAUAGGAGCGUCACCAUGCUGUUGAGUUCCCUCCUAAGAAGAUUUCCCUCUUCCAGCUCCUCAGCCUCCAUCUUACUUGUUAGAGAUGGAAUUUAUUCGAGAAGAUCCAUGAGAACCUAUGAUCAAGGUCAAGGUGCAGAGAACCCUAACUUUCUUGCCCCCGUGGACAGCAACUCUGUGAAGACCAAGGAUCCGCUCCUUGGAGAUCCUCACCUCCCCAUUGAGCCUCCUCUUCCUCCUCCUCCUCCCACUCAUUGCUGUAUGAGCGGCUGCCAUAACUGUGUAUGGAUCGCGUAUGCUGAAGAACUUCUGGAACUGUACAAAGAUGGAGGAGAGCGAGCGCUGGCUGUCAUGGAGAAACAGAUUGAUGAUGAGAACAUUAGGAUGUUUAUAAGGAUGGAGAUAAAAUUCCGAAUUCAGAGUAAAACCCCUUCAUAGUAAACGGCAGUGUUACACCUGAGCUAUGGCCGCCGGUUUAUACCAACUCAAAGGGUGGACAGCGGGGAGAAUCCUUGGAGGACAGCUCACACAGGCUGAAGAGAGAGAAAAGAGCACA